AUGAUCCACUCUAUUGUGACUGGUUCCGUAAGAGUCAAGGCUGAGGUCGUCACUGCUGAUGAAAGAGAGGGUGGUUUGAGAAACUUGCUCAACUUUGGUCACUCUAUUGGUCAUGCUUUUGAAGCUCUUUACAUGCCUCAUAUCCUCCACGGAGAAUGUGUGUCUAUUGGUAUGGUUUACGAGGCCGAGUUGUCGAGAUAUUUGGGCCAUUUGAGUGCUGCUGCAGUUGCUAGACUUACCAAGUGCUUGACUGCUUACCAUCUUCCUACUACUCCUGAUGAUAAGCUUGUCCGUAAGAGAUCUAAGAACAUUGUUUGUCAUGUUGAUGAUCUAUUAAGAAUCAUGAAUGUGGAUAAGAAGAAUGACGGCAAGAAAAAAAAGAUUGUACUUCUUUCGGAAAUUGGAAAGACUUAUGAGAAACAGGCUACUGUUGUUGCUGAUGACGAUAUCCGAGUUGUUCUUUCCAAUAACAUUUCUGUUGGGAAUUUUGCUGGAUCUUCGCCUGCUAAGGUUAUUGUCACUCCUCCGGGGUCAAAGUCUAUUUCUAACCGUGCUCUUGUUUUGGCUGGUCUCGGUGUUGGAAAAUGUAGAAUUAAGAACUUGUUACACUCUGAUGAUACUGAACACAUGCUCAACGCAGUUCGUAAGCUACAAGCCGGUACAGUUGAACAGGAAGAAGGUGGUGAUGUUAUUGUCGUUACUGGUAACGGAGGUAACCUGGUGGUUCCAGAAUCUGAGCUUUAUCUCGGAAACGCUGGUACUGCCUCGAGAUUCUUAACCACUAUCGGUGCUUUAAUUGGUACUCCUGCUUCAAACAGUGAAGAAUAUGCUAUUUUGACCGGUAAUGCCCGUAUGAAGCAACGUCCUAUUGGACCACUUGUCGAUGCUUUGCGUGCCAAUGGUAGUGACAUUGAGUAUGUCGAGGCCGAGGGAUCUCUUCCUCUUCGCAUCAAGAGUGGUCUUGGAUUGAAGGGUGGUCGUAUUGAGCUCGCAGCUACUAUUUCUUCUCAGUAUGUCUCUUCUAUUCUCAUGUGUGCUCCUUAUGCCAAGGAACCAGUUACCCUGGCUUUGGUCGGUGGAAAGCCUAUCUCCCAGCUUUAUAUUGAUAUGACUAUUGCCAUGAUGGCCUCUUUUGGUAUCAAGGUUGAGAAAUCGACUACUGAAGAAUACACCUACCACAUUCCUCAAGGCGUUUACAAGAAUCCUGAAGAGUAUGUCAUUGAGUCCGAUGCUAGUUCGGCCACUUAUCCAUUGGCAUUUGCUGCCAUGACCGGAACUGAAUGUACUGUUCCUAACAUUGGCUCGUCUUCUUUGCAGGGUGAUGCUAGAUUUGCUGUCGAUGUCUUGAAGCCAAUGGGUUGUACUGUUAUUCAAACCAGUACUUCCACCACUGUGCGUGGACCUCCUGUGGGUACCCUUAAACCAUUGCCUCAUGUUGAUAUGGAGCCUAUGACUGAUGCUUUCUUGACUGCUUCGGUUGUGGCUGCUAUUGCUUGUAACAACGGCAAUGGAACCACCACCCAGAUCACUGGUAUUGCUAAUCAAAGAGUCAAGGAGUGUAACCGUAUUGAUGCCAUGAUUCACGAGCUGGCUAAGUUUGGUGUUACUUGUAGAGAAUUGCCAGAUGGUCUUGAAAUUGAUGGCAAGCCUAUUGAGAAACAGCAUGCUCCGGAAGAGGGUGUCCACACCUACGACGACCACCGUGUGGCCAUGAGUUUCAGUUUGCUAGCUGCUGUGUUGAACGAAGAUGUCUUGAUUACUGAUCGUAGAUGUGUUGGCAAGACCUGGCCUGGUUGGUGGGAUACUUUGUCUUCUUCAUUCAAGGUUAAGCUACAGGGUGUUGAUGAUUCGUCGGCUACUGCUUCCGCUGCUAAGCUCGCUCCUAAUGGAGACAAAACUAUCGUGGUUAUCGGAAUGAGAGGUGCUGGAAAAACUUCCAUGAGCAAAUGGGUGGCAGCUUCUCUUGGGCUUAAAUUUGUUGACCUCGACCAAUAUAUGGAAGCUAAACUUCAGAAGACCAUUCCUGAGGUUAUCCAUGCUGAGGGUUGGGAGGGUUUCCGUGCACAUGAGCUGGCAAUCUUAAAAGAUUUCUUGGCUCAACAUCCUAGAGGAUAUGUUGCUGCUUGUGGUGGAGGUGUUGUCGAGACUCCUGAAGCUCGAGUCGUGUUGAAGAAGCACAUGAGCAACGGAAACAUCGUACUUCAUGUUCACCGUAACAUCGACUCAAUUGUAUCAUACCUGAAUAUUGACAAGGAACGCCCAGCUUAUGUUGACGAUAUCCAGUCUGUUUGGAAGCGUCGUGAGCACUGGUACUUUGAGUGUUCUAACCGUUUCUACUUUGCGUCUCAGUUUGACAGCGAUGCUGAGUCGUUAAAGGUUCGCAAGUCUCUUGAUGCUUACUUGCAGAUCAUCACAGGAACGCGCCCAGUUACGAUCCCCAAAAAGCGUUCAUACUUCUUGUCCCUGACAUACGAGGAUUUGAAUUCUGUCGAUAACUUUGAUGAAAUUUUGGAGGGUUCUACAGCUGUCGAGUUACGUGUGGAUCUUCUAAGGGAGAAUGGUCAAGUUGGCGAUAUCCCCAGUCUCGAAUAUGUUGCUGAGCAAAUUGGUAUUCUGCGAAAGAACACGCUGCUACCAAUUAUAUUCACAGUUCGUUCUAAAUCUCAAGGCGGAAAAUUCCCAGACAACUCCGAGGAAGAUGCUGAGAAGCUUAUCAGACUUGGAUACAAAUUAGGAGUUGAAUUUGUUGAUUUGGAAUUAACAUUAUCAGCUACAGUUCUAAAAACAUUAGUUCAAGAAAAGGGAUUCUCCAAGAUUAUUGCUUCGCAUCAUAAUUUUGCAGGUGAUUUGAAAUGGAACGAUGCCACUUGGGAGCACUACUACGAAGAGGCUCUUCGUAUUGGUGAUAUUGUCAAGUUCGUUGGCAUGGCCAAGACACUAGAAGAUAAUUUCCUUUUGGAAACUUUCCGUCGUGCUCAUACUAGAAAGCCAUUGAUUGCUAUCAACAUGGGAGCUGUCGGCCAGCUGAGUAGAGUUGUCAACCCAGUAUUGACUCCAGUUACCCACUCUGCUUUGCCAGCCAAGGCAGCUCCAGGUCAAUUGAGUGUCAAGGAAAUCUAUGAAAUUCUUUAUAGAAUUGGUGGAAUCGAGAGCCAGGAAUUUUUUAUUGCUGGUCAUCCAGUUGAACACUCGCCUUCUCCUGCUCUUCAUAACAGCAGUUUCAAGGUACUUGGAUUACCACACCAGUAUUCAAGACUCGACACAGCUGAUGCCAGUGAAGUAGCCAAGAAAAUCGCUGACUUGGGUACCAAGUUUGGCGGUGCCAGUGUCACCAUCCCUUUGAAGGUUGACAUUAUUUCCCACCUGGACGAGCUUUCUAUUCAUGCCAAGACCAUUGGCGCAGUGAAUACUAUUUCCCGAACUGACGACGGUAAGCUUGUAGGAGACAAUACCGACUGGAUUGGUAUUGUCAACGCUCUCAAGUCGAGUGGUGUUGGUGUUGUUCAUGGUAAGGGCCAUGCUGCUCUUAUCGUUGGAGCAGGAGGUACUUCGAGAGCUGCUAUCUAUGCUUUCCACCAACUGGGUUUCGAUACUAUCUACAUUCUCAAUCGUACGUCGAGCAAGGGUGAGGAACUCGCUGCUGAGUUUGGCAAGCAGUACAAUGUCAAGGUUAUUACAGACAAGGCCAGUAUCAAGUCAGAGGUUGGAACUGCACCUUUAGUCGCUAUGAGCUGUAUUCCUGCUGACAAGCCAAUCGAUGCUGGUCUUCUGGAAAGUCUUGAUGUGCUCCUCAGCAUGCAAUUGCAAGACAGUCCUUUUGAGAAGACUCUGCUUGAUGCCGCUUAUAAGCCAGCAGUUACUCCCAUUAUGACUCUUGCUAAGGAAUCACAUGGUUGGAACGUUGUCGAGGGCCGUGAAAUGCUGUUGUACCAGGGAAUUGAACAGUUUAAGAUUUGGACUGGUCUUGAAGCUCCAUUCCGCGUUGCCCGCUCGGCUAUCAACUAA